AGUAAAUAGUUUAGGUGUAAUAUCAGACUCUUCUGUUCUAUUCUAUUUAUACGCUGGGUUUGCAGAGUGGAAGAAACAAAAUAUCUUCUUCUUCCCAAAAGAAAAUCCAAAAUUUCAGGUUUCAGUAUCCUACAUUCACCAGUACAGGAGGCAAAAGCAUGGGUGAGGAAACCUUUCACAUAGUCAUGUAUCCAUGGUUUGCCUUAGGCCACCUUACCUCCUUUCUCCAUCUCUCAAAUAAACUUGCAGAAAGAGGCCACAAAAUUUCAUUUCUCUUGCCAUCAAAAACCAUUAAAAAAUUUCAGCCUUUCAAUCUCCAUCCAGAUCUCAUUAUCUUCAUUCCUGUCACCGUUCCACACGUCGAUGGCCUCCCUCCAGGCUCUGAAACAACAACUGACGUCCCUUUUUCAUUGCAUUCUCUUCUCAUGACUGCCAUGGAUCUUACAGAAUCUGUCAUUGAGUUUCAUCUGACCAACCUGAAACCCAAUUUUGUCUUCUUUGAUUUCACUCACUGGUUACCAGCAUUGUGUCGAAAGCUUGGUGUAAAAUCUGUUCAUUAUUGUACCAUUAGUCCUGCUACCGUUGGUUACCUGAUUAGUCCUGAAAGAAAACUGCUUGAGAAAAGCUUGACAGCAGCUGAUUUAAUGAAGCCUCCGCUGAAUUUCCCUCCUUCUUCAAUCAAACUACGUGCCCAUGAAGCUCAAGGAUUAGCUGCUGUAACUACAAAACCAUAUGGCAGCAGCAUUUCAUUCCUGGAGCGCCAGUUGCAUUCUUUCAAUGAAUGUGAUGCCAUUAGCUUCAAAACCUGUAUGGAGAUGGAAGGGCCUUAUUGCCAUUAUGUUGAACGGCAAUUUGGCAAGCCGGUGAUUCUUGCAGGUCCUGUUGUGCCGAAAUCACCAAGUUCAGUAUUAGAUGAAAAGAUUUCCAACAUGUUGGAUAACUCUGAAGCAGGAAAGGUGGUAUUUUGUGCAUUUGGGAGCGAAUGUAUUCUUAAGAAAAAUCAGCUUCAAGAAUUGGUAUUAGGUCUUGAGCUUACAGGUUUGCCCUUUCUGGCUGCCCUGAAACCACCAAUGGGAGCUGAAACAAUUGAGUCAGCCUUGCCAGAAGGUUUUGAAGAGAGAGUAAAAGGAAAGGGAUAUGUUUAUGGGGGUUGGGUUCAGCAACAGCUAAUCUUGAAGCACCCUUCUGUUGGGUGUUUUAUUACCCAUUGUGGAUCUGGAUCUUUAUCUGAAGCUAUGGUAAAUAAAUGUCAAUUAGUACUUUUGCCUAACGUAGGAGAUCAAAUAAUUAAUGCAAGAUUGAUGGACGGAGAUCUCAAAAUUGGAGUUGAAGUUGAGAAAGGAGAAGAAGAUGGACUGUUCACAAAAGAUGGUGUCCGCAAGGCAGUGAAAGCUGUAAUGGAUGAUGAUAGUGAGGUGGGGAAAGAGGUGAGAACAAACCACAUGAAGUGGAGAGAGUUCUUGUUGAGCAAAGGGCUUGAAAACUCUUACAUUGAUGCUUUUGUCAAUAAGUUGCAUGCCUUGUUAGGUUGAUUCAAAACUGAUGUUCGAUCAAUAGCUAUUCAGUACAUAUAUUUACCUACCAACAUUAGAUGUAAGAUUCUUAUGUGCUCUAGGGUUGUUUAUUUGUGAAAUUGGCAUUUGGUGAAAGGUGAUGUCCAAAUAAGACUAAGCAAGAAUGAGCUUUUGAAUCU